AUGAAUUCGAAAUUGAUCGAGACAAAAGAAGAAGCUAAAAGGAGGGCUUCUCUGAUGGCAAGAGCUUCCGCUGCUAGUGGGGACAGAACCGAGCCUUCCACUUUACUGCAUGCAACUACUCCUUCAGAUCGGUCUUUGAAGAUCGAUGGUGCUUUUGACGGUGCUUCCGGCCGUUCUGCCGCCGCUCCCACCGCCGCCGAUGAUCGUGAUGGGAAUCCCGGUGGUGCUAAUGCUAAUGCUUAUAUACUUAGCCAUCUAUUAUCCUGCUCUUAA